AGUGCAGCUAUAAAAGCAGCCAAGCGCUGCGUUUUGGAGAAAUAGAGAUUAAGAAAGAAAGAAAGAGGACUGAGCUUCACUCACUGCCCGGUGCGCACCACACACUCCUGGAUCCACACGCAGACACAGCGCGACACAGCCAUGAGUGAGAGACAAACAUUCGGAGCGACGACUGGGAACAGCAAACCAGCGGCCGGCCAAGAUGACAAGAAGAACGACCUGCCCGAUGACUUCGACAUCGACAUGGAGGCCCCGGAGACGGCAAAGGCUGCUGUCACCAUCCAGUCGCAGUUCAGGAAAUUCCAGAAGAAGAAGCAGGAUGUGAAGUCGUAGAAAGAACACUGUCAGCCGCGGCGUCACCUGAUUUGAGCCUGGGGUUUUUUUUGCAUGUCAACCAAACUGCACUGUCUGAAUGAAAGUGAGAGGGAAGGGGAGGUGGGCGGGGGGAGGUUGGGAGUUAGAGAGGGAGGGAGGGGUUUAAAAAAAUAUAUCCUUGUGAAAGUCUUUGUGUAUCAUUUAUAACCUGGAAUGACGAGUAUUAUACAAUAAUGUUUCUUAACCAAAAUAUGAGUGUAUGUAUUUAAAACCUUCCUAUAAUUGUACCUGAAUAGCACUGCAGUGUAUCUGACACUGCUGUUUCAGUGUAAUAUACACAUUCAAAACACAACUUUGACCUAAAUUCAGGGGCGAGUUCAAGCCAUGUGCAUUUCAUCUGCAGCCCGAGCGAAGCGCUGUCACCUGCUCAAGGUGUUUCCCUCCGACCGGGUCAAAGCGUCUCUGUGCUUUCACACCAUCGAGUUCGUGUCUCUGAUUUGUUGGUGUCGGUUGAGCUCCUUUUCCUCUGUGUGUUUUUAGCAGAACCUCACAUCUCAGUUCUCUGUGUCCUAGUAGAAAAAUCUUGAUGUCGUGUUUGUGGUUUGACUCCAGUUGUGCUUCGAUCAUUGCUGUACACACACACACACACACACACACACACACACUUAUGCAUGCAAGCUUGCACACGUGCAAACACACACACACAUGCAGCGAAAUAAAUAAAAGUGUUAUAUAGAAGUGUA